AUCCGAUCACUCUCUGAGUAGAGUUUCUUAUUAUCUUGUCCGGCAUUAUGCCUUUUGAAAGGUUUGUCGAGACAGGGCGAGUUGCUUAUGUCAGCAAUGGUCCACACCAGGGUAAACUGGUCACCAUUGUUGACAUCAUUGAUCAAAACAGAGUUUUGGUUGAUGGACCUACAUCCAAUAUCCCACGUGACCAAAUGAGGUUGAGUGAUCUACACCUUACAAAGUUCCGCAUCAAGUUUCCAUUCACUGCAAACAGUACUGUUGUGAAGAAGGCUUGGAAUGACGCAGACAUUGAUGGAAAAUGGCAACAAAGUAUGUGGGCCAGAAAAGUUGAAGCAAAGAAAAAGCGUGCCGAACUUAGUGACUUUGACAGAUUCAAGCUUCGCAGGGCUAAACGAACACGUAAUGCUUUAAGGACUAGUACUUUCUUCAGAAUAAAAAAGAAGGCAAAGAAAGAGAAGUGUUCAAAAACGAGUUAGCCUACCAAACCUAAAUAGAAGUGGUUAUUUAUAAUUUUCAAGAAUAAUACUUUUGAAAAAACAA